AUGAAAAUCUCCAAGAAACAGAAGUUGAUACUCACGAUUUGGUUAUCAUUCUCAUUCUUUGCUGCUGAACUAUCGGUUGGUUUCUACACUCAUUCCAUUGCACUCAUCGCCGACGCCUUUCACUACCUUAGCGAUCUCAUCGGAAUAGUCGUUGCCCUGGUUGCGCUGGUGUUGCAAGAUCGAGCCAAACCAGCACCGCAGCAGUCCACGUACGGCUGGCAAAGAGCAACAAUACUCGGCGCCUUUUUCAACGGCGUGUUUCUCUUGGCACUGGGUGUCAGUAUACUAGUGCAGGCCGUUGAAAGAUUCGUGAGCAUUACUCGCGAUGAUGUGCACGUUCAGGAGCCAAAAUGGAUUUUGAUAGUCGGUAGUGCCGGUCUAGCCCUCAACAUAUUGGUUCUAUCUUUCCUUCACGAACAUGAUCAUGGACAUGGCCACCAGGGACAUGAGCAACACAGCCACUGUGAUGGGGAGCAGCACCACAAUACUGACUUGAUGGCUCACGAUACAACCAGUGCGUGCGAGGCCCCCUUAACAUCUACCACAAGCAGCCAUCACGAACAUAGGCAUAUGUCAGUGGCUAUCAAGUCCCCAGGUAGAGACCUGGGAAUGCUGGGCGUGUUUAUCCACGUUUUAGGAGAUGCCAUCAACAACGUCGGCGUCAUCAUUGCAGCGGUCAUCAUUUGGAAGGUUGAAGGGCAAGGAAGAUACUAUGCAGACCCUGCAGUUGGAGUCUUUAUCUCGCUCAUGAUUCUUGCCUCAGCCGUGCCACUCAUCAAAAACAGCGGCGCCAUUCUGUUGCAAACUGCACCGAGGGGAAUCAAUCUUGAAGACAUCAAGCAUGACAUUGAAAAGAUAAAUGGGAUCGAGUCGGUACACGAACUACACAUCUGGCGACUGGACCAGCGCAAAUCUGUUGCCACUGCCCACAUUGUCGUUGACGAUAGAACCCUCGAGGGCUUUGCGGACAAGGCAAAGAUCAUCAUGGAGUGUCUCCACGCGUACGGAGUUCACUCAGUAACACUACAGCCUGAACUCGUCGCCUCGAACCCCGUGACCAUAUCUGACAGCGGUCCGGAGUCUCAGGCAACAUCGGCCGACGCCAAUCACAGCGCACCCACACUUCGGCGGCCACGAGGAGGCGAACAAGACUGCCAAUUGACUUGUGGAAGCUUGUGCGAUGGGCUAAGGUGUUGCACGUCGAUAUGA